AUGCAUCGCCUGGCCCUCUCCCUGAGCUUUGGUUUCUUGCUUCACACCCUUGAACCGUUGCUCUUCCCCCAUUUCGCCUCCAUCCCGUGGGCCGACGCCCAGGGCCUUUUCCCGAGGCUGGAGAACGUGGCCGCUUUCAAGGCCGUGUCGGUCGUGCCCGCCGACGCAACGUGCGGGCUCCCGGGCAGAAGCGCCUUCUGCCGCAGCGGCGCGGCCGCCGGCGGCCUGGAGGUCUGCGCCCGGCGCCGCUGCGCCCAGCACUGCCCGCACGGGUCGGCCCCCCCCGCCUACGCCGCGCUGCUCCCGGCGGGCCGGCCGGGCUGCGUCGCCCCGGACACGCGCGACCUGCGGCCCGGCGCGCCUGCGCACUCCGCAAGCUUUGUUUUCGGGAGUCCCGCGAACUGCUCUUCCUCUCCUCCUGCUGCAAGGCUGGCGGCUUCGUUUACUUUGGCCGUGUGGUUGAAACCCGAGCGGGAAGGUGUAAUGUGCAUUAUAGAAAAGACGGUGGAUGGGCAGAUUGUGUUCAAACUCACAGUAUCAGAGGAAGAGACCAUGUUUUAUUAUCGCACAGUCCAUGGUUUGCAGCCUCCAAUAAAAGUAAUGACACUGGGGAGAAUUCUUGUGAAGAAAUGGAUUCAUCUUAGUGUGCAGGUGCAUCAGACAAAAAUCAGUUUCUUCAUCAAUGGUUUGGAGGAAGAUAAUACAGCUUUUGAUGCAAGAACUCUAAGUGGUUCAAUUAUAGAUUUUGCCUCUGGUGCUACCCAGAUAGGACAGAGUUUAAAUGGUUUAGAGCAGUUUGUUGGAAGAAUGCAAGAUUUUCGUUUAUACCAAGCGGCACUUACAAACAGAGAGAUCCUGGCCGUCUUUUCCGGAGACCUGCCCCGCCUGCACGUGCAGCCCCAGUGCCGCUGCCCCGGCAGCCACCCCCGCGUCCACCCUGUGCAGCAGCGGUACUGCGUGCCCAAUGGCGUGGCGGACACGGCCGGCAGCAGGGUGCUGCGGCUGAACCCCAGAGCCCACCCGCUUUCCUUUGUCAAUGACAAUGACGUCGGCACGGCGUGGGUUUCACGUGUGUUUACAGACAUGACCCAGCUUCAUCAGGGAGUGACUAUUUCCAUAGAUCUCGAAAAUGGACAAUAUCAGGUGUUUUAUAUCAUCAUUCAGUUCUUUAGUCCCCAGCCAACAGCUGUACGGAUUCAGAGGAAGAAAGAAGACAGCUUAGAUUGGGAAGACUGGCAGUAUUUUGCUAGAAAUUGCAGUGUAUUUGGAAUGGCAGACAAUGGAGAUUUGGAAAAUUCUGAUUCUGUCAACUGUCUUCAGCUUUCCAAUUUUACUUCACAUCCCCAUGGUAACAUCACAUUCAGCAUCCUAACACCUGGACCAAGCCGCCGUCCCGGAUACACUGAUUUCUAUAACACCCCAUCUCUUCAAGAGUUUGUAAAGGCCACACAAAUACGGCUUCAUUUCCGUGGACAGCACCACGCAGCACAGCCUCCCGUCAGCCCUGGACGCCGAUACUACGCGCUCAGCGAGGUCACCGUCACUGGCAGGUGCCAGUGCUCCGGCCACGCUGCCUACUGCGACACCUCUAGCCAGCCCUACCGCUGCCUCUGUUCUCAGGAGAGCUUCACCGAAGGCCUCCACUGUGAUCGUUGCUUGCCUCUCUACAAUGACAAGCCUUUCCGCCCUGGAGAUCGAGUUCACGCUUUCAACUGUAAACCUUGUCAGUGCAACAGCCACUCCAGAAAGUGCCACUACGACCGCUUAGUGGAUCCAUUCCCAGCCGAGCACCACAGAGGUGGGGGAGGAGUCUGUGAUGACUGUGAACACAACACCACAGGAAGGAGCUGCGAGCUGUGUAAGGAUUACUUUUUCCGACCGGUUGGGGCAGAUCCUUCAGCCAUAGAUGUGUGCAGACCCUGUGAUUGUGACAAAGCCGGCACUAGAAACGGUAGCCUCCUGUGUGACCAGAUCGGAGGCCAGUGUGAUUGUAAGAGGCGCACGACUGGCAGGCAGUGCGGCCAGUGCCCGAGCGGAUUCUUCAACCUGCAAGAGCAGGACCCCGAUGGCUGCAGACCCUGCGCCUGCAAUGCCGCUGGGACCGUGGAUGGAGAUAUCACCUGUCACCCAAAGUCAGGCCAGUGCAAGUGCAAAGCCAACGUUAUUGGGCUCCGGUGUGAUCACUGCGAUUUGGGAUUUAAAUUCCUCCGGAGUUUUAAUGACGACGGAUGUGAACCCUGCCGGUGUAACCCGUACGGCUCCAUGAACCAGCUCUGCGACCCUCUUUCGGGGCAGUGCGCUUGCAAACGGGAAGCCAGAGGACUUCGGUGUGACGCCUGCGGAGCGCACUUUUACGGGCCGGACAUCACUGGUUGCAAGGCCUGUGGCUGCGACGCCGCCGGGUCCCUCCCUGGGACCGUCUGUGACGCGGGCACAGGGCAGUGCCGUUGUAAGCCCCGUGUUGGAGGCAGACAGUGCGAUGGAUGUCUGGAAGGAUACUUCCUCCUUCAGCAAAACAACUCUUUCCUCUGCCUGCCCUGUGAUUGCGAUAAGACUGGGACAGAGAACGGCUCUCUGCUGUGUGACAAAUCAACGGGACAAUGUCCUUGCAAAUUAGGAGUAACAGGUCUUCGCUGCAAUCAGUGCGAGCCUCACAGGUACAAUGUGACCAUUGGCGAUUUCCAAGGCUGCCAGGUGUGUGAGUGUGACUCCUCGGGGACAUUACCUGGGACCGUUUGUGACCCGGCCAGUGGCCAGUGCCGAUGUCUGCCUAAUCGUCGAGGAAGAAGGUGUAAUCAGUGUCAGCCAGGUUUGUAUGUCUCUCCAGGCAAUGCCACUGGCUGCCUGCCCUGUUCCUGCCACGCGGCUGGUGCGGUGGAUGGCGUCUGUGACAGCCGAACGGGCCAGUGUGCUUGCCGAGAUGCGUCCACCGCGGGGCCCCGCUGUGACCGCUGUCAGGGCCUGUACUUCGGAUUCGAUCCUCGGACGGGAAGAUGUCAGCCUUGCAAUUGUCAUCUCUCAGGAGCCUUGAAUGAGACCUGUCACUUGGUCACGGGCCAGUGUUUCUGUAAACGAUUUGUCACCGGCUCAAAGUGCGAUGCCUGUGUCCCCGGUGCCAGCCACUUGGAUGCCAACAACCCGUGGGGCUGCAGCAAAUCUCCGUCCCAGCAACCCCCACCCAGAGGACAAGUUCAAAGUUCUUCUGCCAUCCAUCUCUCCUGGAGCCCACCUGGUUCCCCCAAUGCCCACUGGCUUGCUUACAGCUUAUUCAGGGAUGGCUUUGAUAUCUACACAACUGAGGAUCAAUACCCAUACAGUACCCAGCACUUCUCAGACACUGGCCUGUCACCAUAUACCUCGUAUUCCUAUUCCAUCAAGACCACCAAUGCACACGGCUCCACAGGGAGCACAGCAGUGACCUACAGGACAGCACCAGGGGUCCCGGGGGGAAGCUUGAACUUGAGUCACGUCACUCCUGUUGGCUCCGACUCCGUGACCCUUACCUGGGCAGCACCCUCAAAUUGUUCGGGGCCAGUAGAGAAAUACAUUUUGUCCUGUGUCCCUGUAGAUGACAUUCAGCCGUGUGUUUUCCACGAAGGUCGUGAAACCUCAGUGACCAUCCAGCACCUGGUCCCGUUCAGCAAGUACCGUUUUUCCGUGCAGGCGUGUACUCAUGGGGGCUGUUUACACAGCUCGCCCAUAACAGUGACCACAGCCCAGGCACCACCCCGAAGGCUGGGCCCACCUAGGGUGCAAAAGAUCAGCUCCACAGAACUUCGUGUAGACUGGGCUCCACCGGUGGAACCAAAUGGUAUAAUUAUAAGAUAUGAACUAUACAUGAAAAGAUUGAGAUCUAAUGGAGAACCCACGGCAGCAGAAAGCCGGGUUUUUGAGAGCAGCGGCUGGCUCAGCCCUCACCUGUUCGCAGAAGCAACCAGUGAGCCCGUGCUGAGAGCGCCCCGGACGUCCGCAGCCAUUGCUGGCCUGCAGCCGUACACCACGUACGAGUUCAGAGUCUUGGCCGUGAGCGUGGCUGGAAGCGUGUCCUCAGCCUGGACCUCAGAAAGAACUGGAGAGUCAGAGCCUCUGUUCAUGGCGCCUCCUUCAGUCCUCCCCCUCUCGCCGUACUCCCUCAACGUGUCCUGGGAGAGGCCGGCAGACAACGUGACAAGAGGGAAGGUGGUGAGGUACGACAUCAGUAUGAUUUCCGAACAAUCGCCUCAACAGUCUUCUCCGGUGGUGGUUUCACAGGUGUUGGCCACGAAUGAAUCCCAACAACUGUCCUGUGUUGUAAGCGGCCUAAAACCUCACAGAGUCUACAACUUCACUGUUUCUCUCUGCAAUUCAAUUGGUUGUGUGGCCAGUGCUCCGGGAGCUGGACAGACAUUAGCAGCAGCACCGGCCCGGCUGCGCCCACCUCUGCUGGAAGCGCUCGGCAGCACCGCCAUCUGUGCCCGGUGGCUCCCUCCUGAAGAACUGAACGGCCCCGCGCCGGUCUAUCGGCUGGAGAGGAGAGAGGUCUCGCUCCCGGCUCCCGGGGCCACCGUGGUGACGGGGACACGCUUCCCAGGACACGGGUAUUACAGGUUUCCCAGCUCCACCCACCCCGCUGGGACAGGCUUUACGGGCAUUAAGGCCAGCUUUCGCACAAGGGCGCCUGAAGGUCUGAUCGUCUUUGCCGCAUCCCCGGGCAGCCAGGAGGAGUACUUUGCCCUACAGUUGAAGCAGGGACGUCCUUAUUUUCUGUUUGAUCCUCAGGGCUCUUCAGUGGAAGUGACCACAACUAACGAUGGCGGCAGACAAUACAGCGAUGGCAGGUGGCACGACGUGAUUGCUGUUCGGCAUCAGGCUUCCGGCCGGAUCACGCUGGAUGGGCGGUACACAGGCUCCUCUGGGCCCCGGAACGGCAGCAGCAUCAUCGGGGAGAACACGGGCGUGUUCGUGGGCGGCCUGCCGCGGGGCUACGCCAUCCGGAGGGGGCAUCCCGACAUAAUCCGCAAGGGCUUUGUGGGCUGCCUCAGGGACGUGUAUUUUAUGAAGAGGUACAGUCCCUCCGCUCUCUGGGAGCCACUGGUUUGGCAGAAUUCUGAAGAGCAACUCAACGUGCACAAUGUCUGGGAAGGGUGCCCCUCUUCCUUACAGGGGGGCGCCCAGUUCCUAGGAGCAGGGUUCCUGGAACUUUAUCCAGACGUGUUUCGUGGCGGACUGGACUUUGAGAUUUCCUUUACAUUCAGAACAGACCAGUUGAAUGGAUUGCUUCUUUUCAUUUACAACAAAGAUGGACCUGAUUUUCUUGCUGUGGAACUGAAGAGUGGACUUCUGAGCCUCCGGUUAAACACCAGUCUUACUUUCACCCGCGUGGACCUGUGGCUGGGGCUGUCCUACUGCCGUGGAAAGUGGAAUAAGGUGAUCGUUCAGAAGGAAGGUCCCGUGGUCUCAGCAAGUGUGAAUGAGCUGAUGGAGCGUGUGUCUGAGUCCAGAGCCCAGCCGCUGACCGUGAAUUCCCCCAUCUACGUGGGAGGAGCCCCAUCGUGGCUGCAGGACUCUUACAAACACCUGAGUUUGGAACCAGGUUUCGGGGGCUGCGUGAAGGAGGUGGCGUUUGCACGGGGUGCUGCCGUUCACUUGGCGUCUGUGUCCAGCGGUGCUGUCAGAGUCAAUCUGGACGGGUGCCUGUCAAGUGACAGUGCCGUUAACUGCAGGGGAAACGACUCCAUCCUCGUGUACCAGGGAGGAGGGCAGCGCGUUCGUGAGCAUGGCCUCCAGCCUUUCACAGAAUACCUGUAUCGAGUGAUAGCCUCACACGAAGGCGGUUCUGUCCGUAGUGAUUGGAGUCGGGGACGAACCACAGGAGCAGCUCCACGGAGCAUGCCGCCUCCCUCCGGAGUCCGCGGCAUAAAUGGGCACAGCGUGGACGUGACCUGGGAUGAACCCGUUGCGGUGAGAGGUGUCAUUGAGAAGUACCUCCUGAGAGCCUACCAGGAGGGGGGCAUCCCCCGCCCACGCCGCACGCCCGCUGCCACGUUGGAGCUUGUCAACGCCAACGCCCGCACAGGCGUGUUGACAGGCCUGCGCCCCUUCACAGCCUACGCGGUAACCCUGACUGCUUGCACCCUGGCUGGCUGUGUGGAGAGCUCGCAGGCGUUGAACAUCUCUACUCCACAAGAAGCCCCACAAGAGGUUCAGCCACCAGUAGCCAAGUCCCUUCCCAAUUCUUUAUUUCUCUCCUGGAAUCCACCCAAAAAACCGAAUGGUGUUAUAACGCAGUACUCUUUGUAUAUGGAUGGGAUGCUCGUCUAUUCAGGCAGUGGAGAGAACCACACAGUCACAGAUUUAGCAGUAUUUACGCCCCACCAGUUUCUGCUUGGGGCGUGCACCCACGCGGGAUGUACGAACAGCUCCCUGGCCACCCUGCACACGGCACAGCUGCCCCCAGACCACGUGGAUCCCCCGAUUCUGACCAUCCUGGAUUCCAGAACUGUCUAUGUACAGUGGAAACAACCAAGGAAAGUAAAUGGAAUUCUGGAGCGUUAUGUAUUAUAUAUUUCAAGUCACAUGCAUGAUUUUACAAUUUGGGAUGUCAUCUAUAACAGUACAGAGCUUUUUCAGGAUUGCAGGCUGCAGUACCUUUUGCCUGGUACUAAAUACCUCAUCAAGCUGGGGGCUUGCACGGCGGGCGGGUGUGCCGUGAGCGGGGCCAGCGAGGCCCAGACUGCGGAGGGCGUGCCCGAAGGUGUGGCCGCCCCCAGCGCACACUCCCACUCACCCUACUCCUUCAACGUCUCCUGGACGGAGCCUCAGCAUCCAAACGGUGUUAUCACUAGUUAUGGGCUGUAUCUGGAUGGCGUAUUAAUUCAGAAUUCCUCAGAACUCAGCUGUCACGUCCGUGGGUUUGCUCCGUGGAGCUUACAUUCCUUCCGAGUGCAAGCCUGCACGGCCAGAGGCUGUGCGUGGGGCCCUCUGGUGGAAAAUCGAACUCUAGAAGCUCCUCCGGAAGGAACAGUAAAUGUGUUUGUCAAAACAGAGGGAUCCCGGAAAGCCCACGUGAGGUGGGAAGCCCCUUUUCACCCGAACGGACGCUUGACAUAUUCAGUCCUUUUUACUGGGACAUUCUACGCAGAGCAAGCAGAUAAUAACUACACUCUCCUAAAGGGCACAAGAGUGGUGCACAGCGGUGGAGAGGCUGACCUCUGGGUGCCUGUCGAUGGGCUGCUUCCUUUUACUAACUAUACCGUCCAAGUGAAUGCUUCCGGUGCCCAAGGCAGCUUGCUGAGUGGCCCCGCCGUCCUCGUCACGCCGCCAGGCGCUCCAGAUGGCGUGCUGCCUCCCAGGCUUUCAGCUGCCACUCCGACCAGUCUGCAGGUCGUCUGGUCUACACCAGCUCGCAACAACGCUCCAGGCUCUCCCAGGCACCAGCUCCAGAUGAGGCCGGGCCGCUCCCCCGACGGGUCUCCAGGGUUAUUUUCCAGUCCCUCCACGUCGUUGAGCUAUGAAGUGAGAGACCUCCAACCGCACACCGGGUAUGAGUUUCGGUUGGUUGCCUCCAAUGGAUUUGGCAGUGCACACAGUUCUUGGAUUCUAUUCAUGACGACAGAGGACAGACCUGGACCUGUCGACCCUCCAAUUCUUCUGGAUGUGAAAUCAAGAACGAUGUCUGUCACCUGGCAGCCCCCUUUGGCGUGCAACGGGGUUCUCACCCAUUACAACGUCUACCAGCACGGCCGCCUCCUUUUGAAAGCCUCUGGAAACGCCACCCGUUGCACAGCAGCCCCGCUGCGCCCAUACACUGCCUAUACGUUUCAGGUGGAAGCCUGUACUUUGAAAGGCUGUUCCCUCUCACCGGAGUCCCGGGCUGCGUGGACACUCCCGGAGGCGCCAGAGGGUAUCCCAGCCCCAGGCCUCUUCUCUGAUACCCCGACCUCUGUGAUCAUAUCUUGGCAACCCCCCACCCACCCCAACGGCUGGGUGGAGAGAGUCACGAUUGAGAGAAGGGGCCAAGGGAAGGAAGAAGUUACUACCCUGGCGACUCUCCCGAGAAAUCAUUCCAUGCGGUACAUUGACAAGACGUCUGCGCUCAGCCCGUGGACAAAAUACGAAUACCGGGUGCUGAUGAGCACGCGUGACGGUGGUGUGAACAGCAGCGCUUGGACCGCAGUGGCCACGAGACCCUCCCGCCCUGCUGGGGUAGAGCCGCCCACGGUGCGCGUGCUGGGACCCGAUGCAGCCGAGGUCACUUGGAAGCCCCCGCUCACCCAGAACGGAGAUGUGCUCCGCUACGAGAUCCGUAUGCCCAACGCUCACGUCCCAGUCACCGACACCGCCCCCUCGGCGUUGAGGCGGGUGAUCGCUCGUCUGACCCCUUUCACAAAUUAUUCUGUCACCGUCGUGGCUUGCGCCGAGGGCGGCGGGUAUCUAGGAGGGUGCACGGAGAGUUUGCCCACCCGUGUGACCACCCACCCCGGCCUGCCUCAGGACGUCCACCCAUUGUCCGCAGUCCCACUAAGUGAAUCGGCGGUCAGGGUCUCCUGGCAGCCGCCAGCCAGGCCAAAUGGACCCAAUAUAAGAUAUGAGCUUCUGAGACGUAAAAUCCAGCAGCCACUUGCAUCAAAUCCCCCAGAAGAUUUAAAUCUGUGGCACAAUAUUUAUUCAGGAACUCAGUGGUUUUAUGAAGAUAAGGGUCUUAGCAGGUUCACAACCUACACAUACAAGGUCUUUGUCCACAACAGCGUGGGUUUCACACCAAGCCACGAAGUGAUGGUGACGACGUUAGCGGGUACCCCACAGAGAGGCACCAACGUCUCUGCAAUUGUCCUUAACCACACGGCCAUUGAUGUGAGAUGGGAUAAACCAACUCCGCAAGACCUACAAGGUGAUGUGGAAUAUUAUACGCUUUUUUGGAGUUCUGCUACCUCAAAUGAAUCUCUAAAACUCCUCCCAGAUGUGAACUCUCACAUCAUUGGUCUCUUAAACCCAAACACGGAGUAUCGGAUUGUCAUCUCUGUCUUCAAUGGAGCCCACGGUAUCAACAGUGAUGUGCUGUAUGCAACUACUCGCGAUGGGGAGCCUCAGGGCAUGCUUCCUCCAGAGGUUGUCGUCGUCAACAGUACAGCUGCGCGCGUCACCUGGAUGUCUCCUUCCCACCCAGACAGCGUUGUCACCGACUAUUCUGUGUAUGUCAAUAAUAAGCUCUACAAGACCGGCAUGAAUGAGCCCGGGUCUUUCCUUCUCCGGGACCUGUCUCCCUUCACUGUCUAUGACGUUCAGGUCGAAGUCUGCACAAAAUACGCCUGUGUGAAAAGCAGUGGAACCCAAAUCACCACUGUGGAGGAUACUCCAAGCGAUAUUCCAACACCCACAAUUCAUCGCAUCACUUCGAGAUCCCUUCAAAUUGAUUGGACAACUCCAGGGAAACCAAGUGGCAUCAUUCUCGGAUACGAUCUCCUACGGACAACGUGGCACCCAUGCCCUACAGCCCGGAAAAAGGCCCAUGGAAAGCCCUGCCUGGCCGUGAUGUGUCAAAAACAUGAAGCCGUCUGUGGACACAGGUGCUAUUCUCCUGAGGCUGAGGUGUGUUGUGCCGGAGUUCUCUACGAGGCCCAGCCGGAACACCAGUGCUGUGAUGAGAAGUAUGUCCCUUUUGUCUCGAAUUCAACUGGAGUUUGUUGUGGUGGCCGAAUACUAGAGGCACGACCAGAUCAUCACUGUUGCUCUGGGUAUUACAUUCGAAUUCUCCCAGGCGAGGUGUGCUGUCCGGACGCCCGGCACGGCCGGGCGGCCGCGGGCCUCGGCGACGCCUGCUGUGGCGCAACCCCGUACUCCACGUCGGGAGGGCAGGUCUGCUGUGCGGGGAGGCUCCGCCCCGGCCACGGCCUGCAGUGCUGCGGGGGCCAGGUCGUCAGCGAAGACCUCGAGUGCUGCGGGGGCACCGAGCAGGGGCGGGCGUACAGCCGCCUCCCAGGGAUGCGCUGUUGUGGGCAGGAUUAUGUGAAUGUGUCAGAUACCAUAUGCUGCUCAGCUUCCAGUGGAGAAUCUAAAGCACAUGUUAAAAAGAAUGACCCGGUGCCAGUAAAGUGCUGUGAGACCCAGCUUAUUCCGGAGAGCCAGGCGUGCUGUAAUGGAGUUGGCUAUAAUCCCCUGAAAUAUGUUUGCUCUGACAAGACUUCAACUGGAAUGACGAUGGAGGAACCCGAAGCAUGCGGGACUGUCUGCCCUGCCUCUAUGGCAGCCACCGCGCACUGCGGCAGGUGUGACUUCAAUUCCACCAGCCACCUGUGCGCUGUGAUCAGCGCACCUCGCCAUUCCACAGAGAAGGCAUCAGGGGAAGGAAUGUGCUCCUCUGUGGAAGAGACUGUUCACGCGGGACAUGCAGACACGUUCUCCUUCACAGAUGUGAACCUGGAGCCCAGCACAGUGUAUGAGUACAGGGUCUCCGCUUGGAAUGGCUACGGGCGAAGAUUCAGCCAAGCUGUCAGUGCCAGCACGAAAGAAGAUGUUCCUCAGGGAGUGAGUGCUCCGCGGUGGGUCACAACGGAUCGCCUUGAGGAUGGAAUCGUCUUGAACUGGAACAAACCUGUGCAAUCGAAUGGUCCAAUCCUUUGCUACAUUCUCCUUCGAGAUGGAACGGAACUUUUUCGGGGAACAUCUCUGAGCUUCUGUGACACAAAGGGAAUUCAGCCUUUCCGGGAGUAUUCCUACCAGCUGAAGGCUUGCACAGUCGCUGGCUGUGCCACCAGCGGCGAGGUGGUCGCAGCCGCCCCCCAGGGAGCUCCGCAGGGCGUCCUGCCCCCGAGAAUCACAGCCCCCAGUGCGGACGCUCUGCGCUUGAGCUGGAGUGUCCCGGAGAAACCGAAUGGGGUCAUUCAGGAGUACCGGCUCAGGCAGGUCGGCAAAGGUCUUCUCUACACUGACGCCGCUGACAGGAGGCAGCAUACGGUCACAGGUCUCCAGCCAUACACCAACUACAGCUUCACUCUUACAGCUUGUACAUCUGCUGGAUGCACUUCAAGCGAGCCUUUUCUAGGUCAGACUCUGCAGGCAGCACCUCAAGGAGUUUGGGCCACACCGCGACACAUUGUCAUCAAUUCCACAACCGUGGAAUUACACUGGAGUCCGCCGGAAAAGCCCGGCGGCCUCGUUUCUCAGUAUCAGUUGAGUCGUGAUGGAACCUUGGUUUUCCUGGGUGACGGUGAGGAGCGGCAUUUCACUGAUAAAAACCUGGAACCCAACAGCAGAUAUAUUUACAAGUUGAAAGCCACAACGGGAGGUGGCAGUAGUUUUAGUGAUGAGUACCUUGUACAAACACCUCUACGAACACCAGAAGAAAUCCAGCCUCCAUGUAACAUCACAGUAACUGGGCCUGACUCCAUAUUCAUAGCUUGGACUCCACCAGGGACCCUUAUCCCCCAGAUGCCCGUGGAGUUCAGCGUCUUGCUGGGAGCCGGACGCGGGGCGCCCGUGCGCUUCCCCGCAGGCCGCCGCCAGUCCAUCCUGCUGCAAAGCUUGGCUCCAUUCACGCAGUACGAGAUCAGGAUACAAGCAUGUCAGAAUGGAAGCUGUGGGGUCAGCAGUAAAAUGUUUGCUGAAACACCGGAAGCAGCCCCAGAGGACCUAAGUGCCCCGGUUCUUAAGGCCCUGGGAUCAGCUCGUGUAGAGGUGACGUGGAAGCCACCUACGAAACCCAACGGCAUCAUCAUCAACUACUUUAUUCAGAGGCGUCCCGCGGGCAUUGACGAGGCGGCCCUGGUGUUUGUCUGGUCAGAGGGAGCCCUUGAAUUUACUGAUGCCGCUGCCGCUCUGAGGCCCUUCACACUCUACGAGUAUCAGGUCAGAGCGCGGAACUCCAGGGGCUCCGUGGAGAGUCUGUGGUCCUCGGUGCACACACUUGAAGCCCCACCCCAGCAUCUGCCAGCGCCCUGGGCUCAAGCCACCAGUGCUCACUCAGUUCUGCUGAACUGGACGAAGCCAGGCUCCCCCAAUGGCGUCAUCUCCCAGUACCAUGUGGUCUACGAAGAGAGGCCAGACGACCCAACACUGAGCGUCUCUACCGUGCAUGCUUUCACAGUGAUGGGAACAAGCCAUCAAGCCCACCUGUUCGGGUUAGAACCAUUCACAACGUAUCACGUUGGUGUUGUGGCCAUCAACCAGGCGGGAGAAGUUUCAAGCCCCUGGACUCCUGUUCAGACUCUAGAAUCUUCCCCGAGUGGACUGAGCAACUUCACGGUCGAACAGAGAGACAGCGGCCGGGCCUUGCUGCUGCGGUGGCCGGAGCCUGCGAGGAGCAACGGCGUGAUUCAGACAUACCACAUCUUCAGUGACGGGAUCCUGGCGUACACGGGCUUGAGCCGCCGGUUCCUCUUCCGACGCCUGGCCCCUUCCGCGGUCUACACGCUGACCCUGGAGGCCUGCACCCGGGCCGGCUGCACGCGGUCCGCGCCGCAGCCUGUGCGCACCGACGAAGCCCCGCCGCAGUUUCAGCCGCCUCCCCGGGUCCAGUCUGUGGGCUCCACCAACGUGGAGCUGACCUGGUCUGAGCCCGUUCACCCAAAUGGAAAGAUAAGUCGCUAUGAAGUGAUUCGCCGAUGCUCCGAGGGAAAAGCUUGGGGGAAUCAGACCCUCCAGGCCGAUGAGGAUGUCGUUUUCACGGAAUACAACACUGAAAGGAGUGCAUUUGUGUAUAACGACACCGGUUUGCAGCCGUGGGUGCCGUGUGAAUAUAAAAUCCACACGUGGAAUUCCGCGGGCCACGCCUGUAGCUCGUGGACAGCGGUAAGGACGAUGCCGGCGCCUCCCGAAGGUCUCUCUCCACCCAACAUCACCUGUGUAUCUCUUAGUCCCCCAAAACUGCUGAUUUCCUGGGUCCCUCCCAGGCAGCCCAACGGCGUCAUCCAAUACUAUCGGCUCCACAAGAACGGGGCGCUCUCCCCUCUCAGUUUUGACGCUGGGACUUUCAGUUACACCGAUGAAGAACUGCUCCCUUCCUCCACGUACAGGUACGCGGUCGCAGCUUGCACGAGUGGAGGCUGCCGCACCAGCACAGCCAGCAGCACCGUGACUCCCGAGGCUGCUCCGGACGGGGUCAGCCCCCCCGCGCUUCGGGCCAUCAGUGCCACUCAGAUCAGUGCAUCUUGGUCUGCGCCAUCGAUCCAAAAUGGAAAGGUCACCAAAUACAUACUUCGAUGUAAUGGUCAGGAGUACCCUGCUGGGCAGAGCCUGUCCCUGCUGAUCGGUCACCUGCAGCCUCACACCCAGCAUAACGUCUCCCUCAUAGCUUGUACAAAUGGAGGGUGUGCGGCGAGUGUGUCAGAAUCGGCCUGGACCAUGGAGGCCCCGCCCCAGGACAUGGACCCCCCAGAAUUGCAAGUCACAGGCUCUGAGUCCAUUGAAAUCACCUGGAAACCUCCAAGGACCCCAAAUGGCCACAUCCGAAGUUAUGAACUUAGGAGGGACGGAACCAUCGUCUAUAUCGGCCUGGAAACUCGCUACCAUGACUUCACCCUCACCCCAGGCGUGGAGUAUGGCUACACAGUGACUGCCUUCAACAGCCAGGGGGGCGUUUUGAGUCCGCUCGUCAAAGAUCAAACCAGCCCCUGGGCGCCUUCAGGGAUGGAACCCCCGAAAUUACAGGCCAGUGGUCCUCGGGAGAUCUCAGUGAACUGGGACCCCCCCGUGAGGACCAAUGGCCAUAUCGUCAACUAUACCCUCUUCGUCCAUGAGCUGCUUGAAAGAGAAAUAAGAACUGUACACAUAAAUGCAACGCAUAAUUUGUUUGGCACGCGAGCAUUCGUGGUAAACCAGCUGGAGCCGUUUUGUAGGUAUGAAGUACGGAUCCAGGCCUGCACUGUGCUGGGGUGUGCGUCCAGCGACUGGACACCUAUACGGACCCCCGAGACAGCACCUGAAGUGCAGCCUCCCCCACACCUGGAGGUACAGACGGCCCCCGGGGGGUUCCGGCUCACGGUUUCCCUGUCGUGGACAGGACCGCUUCGGCCAAAUGGACGCAUUUUACACUACGAACUGUACAGAAGGCAAACCUCAACUCCGCCUGGACACCCGAGCCCAGUUCUCACCUAUAACGGAAGCGCGAGCUCCUUCAUGGAUUCCGACCUCUUGCCUUUCACGGAGUACGAGUACCAGGUCUGGGCUGUGAAUUCAGCAGGGAGAGCGCCCAGCAGCUGGAUGCGGUGCAGGACCGGACCCGCCCCCCCGGCAGGCCUCAGGGCCCCCAGGUUCCACGCGGUGUCCCCCACGCAGGCAGUGGUCAACAUCAGUGCCCCCGCGCAGCCCAACGGGGUCAUCAGUCUCUACCGGCUGUUCUCCAGCAGCCCUGGUGCGGCCGACACAGUGCUGUCGGAAGGCCUGGCCGCGCAGCAGACCCUGCACGGCCUGCGGCCCUUCACCACCUACUCCGUCGGCGUGGAGGCCUGCACUUGCUCCAACUGCUGCAGCAAAGGGCCCACCGCAGAGCUGAGGACGCGCCCGGCUCCGCCCUCGGGCCUGUCCUCGCCCCAAGUCCAGACGCUGGCCCCGAGGACAGCCUCCUGCCAGUGGGCUCCCCCACUCUUCCCUAAUGGUGCCGUCCUAAGCUAUGAGCUCCAGCUCCGCGGGGCCUGCCCUCCUGACGCAGACGCUCCCUGCGCCGCCAGCCCGCCCCAGACGAAGCACCGGGGGCCCGGGCGGGCCGCCAGCCUGGGGGGCCUGCGGCCGUACACCACCUACGGGCUGCGGGUCGUGGCCCACAACGAGGCGGGCAGCGCGGCCUCCGAGUGGGUCAGCUUCACCACCCAGGAGGAACCGCCGCAGUACCGCGCGCCCCCCUCGGUGGACGGCAACCUGACCGCGGUGUGCGUCGAGUGGGGCGGCACCUUCCUCCUGAACGGCCCGCUGCGGGACUUCGUGCUGACCGACGGCGGCCAGCGCCUCUACUGCGGCCCGGACACCGCCCUCUGCCUCCCGACGACUGCGGGCCAGACCUUCUCUUUCCAGGUCACGUGCACGACAGAGGAAGGGAGCGUGAGGACGCCUGUGAUCCGGUUUGGCGCGUCUGCUGGGCCGGGCCUGGAGCCGACCACGCCGGGAGGAGAGCCGGGGGCCGGGAGCGGCGGCGUGGAGUUCUACAGCGAGCUGUGGUUCGUCGCGCUCAUGGCGGUCCUGGGCUUGAUCUUGCUGGCCAUCUUUCUGUCCCUGGUCCUGCAAAGAAGAAUCCACAAGGAGCCCUACAUCAGAGAGAGGCCCCCCUUAGUACCUGUUCAGAAGAGGACGUCCUCACUGAGUGUCUACCCGCCGCGGGAAACCCACGUAGGGUUGGCUGACACCAAGAUCCCACACUCUGGGGCGCGCGUGAGUCUCAGGAGCAACCGGAGCAUCUCUGUCCUUCGAAUCCCGAGUCAGAGCCAUCUCAGCCACGCCUAUUCCCACAGCUCUCUGCACAGCAGCGUCAGCCAGCUCAUGCACAUUCAGGACAAGAAAGUCUUGGUCGACGACUCGCUGUGGGAAACCAUCAUGGGCCACGACAGCGGACUGUACGUGGAUGAGGAGGACCUGAUGAACGCCAUCAAGGGCUUCAGCUCGGUGACGAAGGAGCACACCACAUUCACCGACACCCAGCUGUAG